AUGGCGGAUCACAAAGUUUCUCUCGUCUUGUUGGUCACGGUAACCCCGCCCCUAGCCGCUGACGAGUUUGCAGUGUGGAACAUUGCACCAACAGCACCAGGUGUCUUCUGUCUGAAGACCAAAGGAGAUGCAAAUGUGCCAACGGAUAUUAUUCGGACCUCUGUGACAAAAAAUGCACGCAUCAAAGUUGUGUGCGGCAAGGACUUCAUUGCAAUCCGGGCGAUGGAAGAUUACUUCACGUUUCACAGCGUACCGCUGGAGUCGCUGCACUUGCCCAACAAGUCUCAGAGGGAGGUCAUCAACGGUGUGCCGUACUUCGUGUCCAAGAUCUCUAAAGAUAAAUAUCAAAUGUGUCGAGGCAAGGCGCUGACGAAAAAAAAUCAAAUCUCCUAUUCCCCGAGUCUCCAGUCAGAGCCUCAGGUGAUUGGAAACAUCGUCAGAAAUCCAGUCAUCAAGAUGAACUACACCUGCGUCUAUCCGUCCAUCAGAACCGUCAGCCUGCCUUUCCCACUGGUGAUGCAUCUUGACGAACGUUCCACCAUUCACUACAGCUUCGACAUGUUUCGUUUCACAGCAGAACCUCACGACCUCUAUCUGCACUGCACCGAACAUGUUUUUGUUUCAGGCAUACUGGCGACUGUGGUGCUGCCGGUCGCAGGUGUCUGGAUUUUGGGCUUCUUCAUCAUCAUCCUCAUCACUGUGAUCAAGGCAGGCAACAGGAGGUUAAAACUAACUGGGGAACAGUGACAACAAUGUUGCUGCUGUUGGCAGCUUGAAUAAAACUUAAAAACCUU